UUGGUGGGUAAGAAAGAUAACAAAUGUAAACACACAAAAGAAGAUAGAUCAUCUUUGCGUAUCAUGAUAACGUUAGUUUGGUGCCAUGUCUUUUAGUUUCUCUAUCACCAUCAUGUCUUUUGCUUCAAGUAAGUCAUGAUAUUUUUUUUUCCAACAUAAUCCACUUUGAUUUUAUAUUGGGAUGAAUUCGUAAAUGUGUUUUCAUUUUACUAAAUCCUGUUUGUCUUAAUCUCCUGCUGUCUAAUUUGGAUAUCAUUUUGUACUUCCAGAAUCUAAUCUUGGUCAAUGGUCAUAAUAUUUCCUUAAUUGUUCAUACUUCAUAAGCUAAGAACACAGUAAAAAGGUAUUAAAACGAUAGUGGUGUUGCGUGCACUGAAAACAACCCAAGUGAUGUUAGAUAAACUGUCAUUGUGCAGCUCAGUGUUGUCUAUAUAUAACCUAAACCAAGAAAUCAUCUAGAGAUUUUCAACUCAAUUUCACUCAUUUGAGCAUCUUUCGAAAAGCAUAUUUGGGCAGAGAGAGAGAGAAAGAUUUUUACAGCUGAGGAUGGUGUUCUGCACCGAUGACGCGGCCACAGGUGUUAGAGAUGCCUUCACUUAUUGUUACAGAUGCAAAGGUAGAAAAGUUACACUUUCGGAUCACGAAGAGGAUGAUGAUAACAAGCCUAUCGGAGAUUUUAACUACGACCAUGAAGAUGUUGUUUUCGAGAUUAGAAGUCGGGCUAUGGAGAAGCUACGGAAGAAGUCAAGGAUAGGAAUGGAGAGACUAACUUACCAACCAACAAAGGAAUGCGACAUCGAGAAGGAAGAGGGUAACGAGUUUUGUUCAGUGAGAAGCAGUUUUUCAGAAUGUUGUAUGAGUGAUUUGAGCAUAGAAGGAUAUCUGACGGCGAAAACUGAGUUCUCGAAAAAUUCAAGCUUAAAAGGUUUAGAGCUGGAGAAUCAAUGGAAGAUGCAUUACGUAAAUGAGAUUAGGAAAGGAUCAGUAAUUCAAGAGUUAUGUCACUGCCAAGGAUGGCCAUUUGGUUUGGGACGUAAAGCUGCAAUGCUUCCACCUCUUCCAAAGUCACCUGCCGAGUCAUGGUCUUGGAGGAAGCCAACAAGAGUUACUCCAGUUCCAUUCGUUUGAGAAAAAGCAGCUCUAAAUGUUGAAUCAUUAAAAACAAAAGAUCUCUCAUGUAAAGAAACAGUAACAAAAGAAAGAACACAAGGGCCUGUUAAAAUCGUUGGAGCUGUGAGAUUAUUUUUCAAUUGGUGUUACGCUCUAAAUUUGAAAGCUUCGUUUUGAAGAAACAAUGAACAAACUCACCUUAUAUGUCUUUUGGUCAGUUUGACCUUUAUUAUGUGCUAAGAUACAAUAACGCAAUAAGUCAAUAACAACAUGACAAGUUUUGCUCGUA